AUGCCACUUGGAUGGCCUUCUCUGCCUGGUGUCGCCGUAAGAAGGUCCUUCCUACUGCUGCUUCCAUUCUUGACAUCCUGGGCUUCCUUCACGAUGGAUUCAUUUCGGGGCUUUCUCCCAAUACCCUCCGGAGGCAAAUCUCUGCCAUCUCAUCUAUCCUCACCUGCGACACCUGAGUCGGUGUCCACUCAUCCUCUCAUCCGUUCAUUCCUCAGAGGCGCAACCAAUCUACGUCCUCCGGCUGUUCAUCGGUUUCCCACCUGGGACCUGAAUAAGGUUCUGUUAGCUCUUACUGGUCCUCCUUUUGAACCUCUCCGGGAAGUCUUGCUGAAGUUCUUGUCUUUUAAGGCAGCCUUUCUAGUGGCUAUCACUUCGGCUAGAAGGAUCUCGGAGUUGGCUGCCCUCUCAGUUCGCCAGGAUCUCUGUAUUAUUCAUCCUGAUCGAGUAAUUUUGAGAUUGGAUCCAGCCUUUAUUCCAAAGAUCAAUUCAACUUUUCAUCGUUCUCAAGAGAUCAUUCUUCCCAACUUCUGUCCUUUCCCCCGUCAUCGCUUGGAGACUGUGUGGCACAAGCUUGAUGUUCGUCGGGCUCUCAAGAUUUAUAUCUCCAGGACUUCUUCCUUUCGUCGCUCCGAGGCUCUCUUUGUGUCUUUCCAACCCCAGUCCAUGGGGUCAAAGGUUUCUUCUACUACCUUGGGUCGAUGGCUCAGGGCUUCCAUUUCUUUAGCUUACGAAGUUCAAUCGUUGCCAGUGCCUCGUGGUGUUACAGCCCACUCUACCAGGAGCGCGGCUACUUCGGCUGCCUGGUCUACCCAAGCUUCACUCGAGGAGGUCUGCCGAGCCGCUACUUGGACGUCUCCAUCUCCAUUUAUCCGGCAUUACCGGUUGGAUGUUUAUGCAUCGGCGGAAGCCUCCUUUGGAAGACGUGUGCUGCAGCGGGUAUCUUCCCAGGACCAGGAGAGGCGCCGGCCUUCUCCCUCCCAAUAGACACGACAGUCUACCUUUCGUCCUCGUCUCAAACUGGAUACAGGAAGAGGCGGGGCUUCUUUUGUUGGUGGACUCGGUCCUAGAGCUACUGGCUUGGUUGUAACCCUUUAGUGACCGGCGUUUCCUAGUGACUAGAAGUGGCGUAUCAGGUAAGACCAACGCUCAUUCUCUCCCCCACUCUCAAAAUAAAUAAAUAAGUAAGUAAGUAAAGGAAGUAUCUGGAAAACUGCUUCGUAUAUAUCUAUGUUAGGUAUAUCCAAUUCUCAUUUACAUUUAGAUUUGCUGAAACAACUCUGAGCAUCAAUCAGCUUUAAACAGGCUUAGGUGAUUAGUAUUCUAUUUAAGGUGAGUAACAAACAGCAAGGCAAAAGUGCUUUGAAUAAAUUGGAUAUGGAACCAUUACCCUUAAAAAAUUCACAUAACAAUUAAAAUGUUGUAGGUCACAACAAUUCUCCAUGAUAAUGCUAGUCAUAUUAACUCUGCUAUAGCAAAGCUCAAAGUAAAAGAAGUUAGGAAAAGAAUGAAUAAUAUGGCUCCCAGAAUUGUUUACCAGCUGUUAAUUAUAUCUGUGAUUGGAUAUGUGGCCAGGAAGGAGAAGAAUUUAGAAUGUAGAAGGGAAGAAGCCAACAAGUCACUGCCCAACUGUCUUUCUGAUAGGGAUGCUUUGGGGAAUCGGGGAGAGGAAUGUUGUUUUCUCUGCAGACCCAGCCUAAUUGCUCUGUUUAUGAACUUAAUAUUUCCUUUGUUGGGUUCUCUUCCAACCAAAUUUAUAACUAUUUUAUUCUGCUUUUAUUCUGACCAAAUAGAUUAAUUUUAGAUAUUUUUUAGAAAUCAUUUAAUCUAUUCUUUAAAAGUAUUUUGAUUUUCAAAAUCAACAAAAUGAACUGAAUGUUUCUAUUCAGUGUAAAGAAAUAAAAAUACUUAAAGUCU